CCUUAAUCCUGGAUCACUCACGUGCUCAACCUAUGAUGAUUUCCGCAGAAAUUGACUUCCGACCGUUCCCCGGCCAGAUCGACAAAUCCGACCGUUCCCCGCACAUCCAUCAACGCACUCCAUUAUCCGUGCCAACCCCGGAUGUUCAAUUGCAUUACCCAAAAUCAAUAUGGCCCCAUCAGAAGAGGUAGAUCACGACGUGACUCAAGCACGCGCGUCUAAAAGACGUCGCGUCGCGGUCGCCUGCGAUGCAUGUCGAACGCGCAAGUCCCGCUGCGACGGCGUGAGACCGCAAUGCUCGCUAUGUCGAGAUCUGGGGUUUGAAUGUGUGUAUACACCACCACCGACGGCGACGAAUGUUAUUGUGCAGAAGGAUUAUCUGCAUGGGCUUGAAGAGAGGGUCAAGAGGUUGGAAGAGGGCAUGGUGGGUGUUAGAGGGGAGAUUGAUGGGUUGGUUGGGCGAGUUGAUGGUGUGCAAGUGCAGGGUGUUGCUACUGGAGAUGCUGGUUCGAGUGGCAGUUUCGCAACUGCAAGGAGGAUCGAGGAUGAUUCCGGGCAGAGAGUGGUUGAUGUCUCUGGGUCGGAUCUUAUUGGGACGGAGGAUUCGGUUGAUGCGAUGGGCGCGGUGACAUUUGCUGAUGAGGAGGAUUCGGGAUUCUUCGGACCUUCGUCUAAUAUUGCAUUCUUGAGACACCUCUCGAGGGCAGUUGUCCAACAGGGGUACCUCCUUUCACCUGGUGCAGCGGAAGGCGGCUUCGUCAAUGCUUCACGACCACCCUCACCACCUCGCCAAGCAUCUUAUGAUCAACGGUCAAAAGUCAACAUGUUUGCGCUGCCUCCUCAGUCGGAGACACUGGCGCUAAUACAACGGUAUUUUUCCGAAACGGGGCUGCUCUUCCCGUACAUAUAUCCGCCCGUCUUUUUGGAGACAUAUCAUCAAAUGACGGGAGAGAAUUUCAGCAAAGUACGACGAACGUGGCUUGGCUUGUUGAAUAUGGUUUUGGCAAUGGCUACAAUCACUGCUAUGCCUGGUGGUGCGAGAGCCGAUGCCCGGAUCUCCGAGUCGGAUGUUUUCUAUCAACGUGGUCUGGGGUUGUGUGGAAGUGAGAUCUUGCGAGGGACAACUCUGGAAGUUGUACAAUAUCUCCUGCUCAUGGGUCAAUACCUACAAGGCACACAGAAGUCUGUUCAGGCUUGGACCGUGCAUGGAUUAGCGGUCAAAGCUGCGCUUCAGCUUGGUUUGCACUCGAAGAAUGCCUCCAGGUCCUUUGCACCACUUGAGCAGGAGACUCGCAAGCGAACUUGGUACGGUUGCGUAGUACUUGACAGAACUUUGAGUAUGACCUUCGGAAGACCUAGCUCGAUUCCAGACAACUACGUGAAACUCGAACUGCCCUCAAAACGAGACUUCGAAAAAACAUCAGCGUUUGUGGAUGACGAAACCUCUUAUCUCAGCGUGUCCUUCUUCAACUCAACGAUCACCUUAUACAAACAAUUAUGGAACGUUCUCGACCUCCUCUACGGUCAGAAUAUAGGCUGUGAUACCCCCCUCUCCGUCAGCGAGACAGUCGCCCACAUCUUCAGCAUGGAACAACAACUUUUCUCCUGGGAACGCUCCCUCCCCCCAUCCCUCCAACUCGUAUCAACAAGUAUCCUCACCGAAAUGCCUCCAGAACAAACAUCCUCAAGCUUUCAGUACUUCUCCUGGAAAUUCCGCGUCAUCCUCACCCUCCGAUAUCUCAAUCUCCGGGUUCUACUACAUAGACCCGUGUUAGUGAAAUUCAUCGCUGCGAGUCGCUGUCCCGAUCGUGAUCCGCGGGAUUUGGAACUUCUGCAGCAAAUGGGGAUGAAUAGUAUGCAGAUUGUCGUUGACUCUGCCAUGGAUAUUAUUGAUAUUGUGUGGAGGGUUGUUUCGGAGCCUGGGUGGAAGCAGAGUUUGCUUGGGGCGUGGUGGUUCUCAUUAUAUUAUACAUUCAAUGCAGCGGUGGUUCUGAUCGGUACGGUCUGGGUUUAUCGAGACACGAGCCUUUGCAGCGCUUCGAUGACUGCUCAAGCUAAGAAAGUGCAGCAGUACCCAUCUCGCGCAGUGAUGGCUCUUUCCAAGCUGGACGAUGGGAAUCGACUGAUUGAUCGGUGCCGGUAUUAUCUGGAGCAGUUUAAUAAUAUCUUGGUUGAUCCUGAAACCGAUCUUGAUGGCCUGAUGCCCGUACUGCCAGCGCUGGCGGGUAUUCGUGGCGCCAACCCAGCCGCUAAUUAUAGUCUUUCGCCGUUUGGAAUGGAGCUGGGAGAGUUCAUGAUAGAUGACGAUUUGGUGGCUAUGAUAGAUAAGCAUGGUCUUUUACCGCAGGAUGCGGGAUCAGCAUACCCUGUAUAAUAUGUUCAAUAUUACCAGAGCUACCCGGAGGUAGCAAAGCAUGAACGACCAACAGGAAAUAUCGCAUGAUUAGGUAUAUGUAUUAUGGCGAGGAAUUACUCCUGAUAGCAACCAAAUGCUUAUUUAUCCCUUCGCCAAGCGCUAUCCCAUCCGUUCCACUCACUCCCCGUUCAUCUUCGCCAAAUUAGCCUUAUGCGCAAUCUUCGCCAGCAACGGCGCCAUUCCAGCAUGGUUACACUCCGGCUGGAACCUCUUAGUCAACAACGGCGAAAUCUCUUCCACCUUCGCCUCGUCGAUACCAUCCCUCUUCGAGAAACUGAAUCCCGGUGUCCGCUGCACACAGCUGUACUGCGCAUCCGCACCGCGCAGCGCACAAAUCUCAUUCUUCGCACAAUCCCCCGUGCAAGCGGGCACAUUGUAUCCGCGUGUGCGUCUAGCCCAGAAUUCAUUGAACACUGACGAAUCCUUUUCCAUGGCGACGGUCACAUUGUGCCAGAAGGCCGGGGUGAGUUCGGCGGUGUCGUCGGGACGAGCGGAGAUUUUAGAGCCGUAGUCCUUCUUGGCGGUAUAAUAGGGAACCCAAUUCGGUUUUGUUUGGAAGCCGGGGUCGCUAAUGUUGGCGAUAUACUGGGUGUAAUCCAACACACCGAACGUAACGGGGUCGAUGUCGUACACUCGGAAAGAAGGUGAACCGGAUGUGGGCGUCAUGGAUGGGGCGACGUAGCCCAUUGCCGUGGCGGUGUUCCAGUUUCGAUUUUUGUAGUCCGAGUAUGAGAUUUGGAAUUCGUCCGUGUGCGUGUGUCCGAAGAAUAGGCCUGCGAUUGUUGCUUCGUAUCGCUGGAUAAUCUGAUCAAAGUAGUGCGAGUGGUCGCGGAAAUGGUCUACAUCUCCCGAUGGGAUGUGCGAGAUUAGCCAGACACGUUGGCCGGCGGUUUCGGCGGAUUGGAGUUCUUUGAUUAGCCAGGUGAGUUGACCGUCGGGGUCGUAUUCCAUUGGUUCGGUGUAGGAGAAGAAGUUGUAUUUGUAGUAGAAGAUGCUGUUGUAGGAGAUGAUGCGGAGUUUGCUGUUUGGGUGGAUGGCAGAGUAGGAGCCGUAUUCGUUUGCAUUUUGGACGCUAUCAAUCCCUGUGAGGGCCAUCCAGUCGGCUGUGAGGGCGUCGUAGGCCCAUUGGGGGUUAUAUUUGCUGGGGACUUUGCGGGAGGGGAAGAGAUUGAGUGGUGCGGCGUCGUGGUUACCCAGAGCAGCGUACACGAGGCCGAGAUGGUUCUCCAUCGCGCCGUAGGUGGCGUUGAGGUCUUGCAGGACUUCUUCUUUGGUCACGAGCCAGACAUCGUGGGCAACGACGUCACCGGUGUAGAUUGAAAAGGCCGGGUUGAGCUCUGCGAUGGCAGUCAUCAUGCUUUCUUGGAGUUGGUGAGGAGGAUCACAUUUAGUGUUGCCGAAUGGUCCGCAUGGCUUGUCCGUAGUUCCCGGGGCAUCUUUGUCACUGUAUACACGGCAGCAGAUAGGCUUUGAGCAGUCAUAGUUGGAGCCGAUCUCGUAGGAUAGAUCGACGUGGGUAUCGCUGAAGUGAACCACCUUGAUGGGAGGUUUACCGCUCGGUGGUGGGCGAUUGUGUGCGGGCUUGGGCGAGGGGAAAGCCAAGUCGAAUGGACGGACAUCUGGAAAGUCACAAAGACCGACCAGCGCAGAGCAGAGAGUCUUGGCCGUGUGCGAGCCCACAUGCAUGUUCUUGAUCGCGUAAUGCAAGGCAGGUACCUCACUGGCGAUGACCCCGGCGCAGACAUCUCGAU